ACUGCUGAUCAUUGUAUCAAGAGUAUUUAUAAUCAGAACUAUUCAAGUAUUGAAAUGACAGUAAUACUAGGAGGUGGCAUAUCAGGCCUGUCAGCAGCGUAUUAUGCCGUUAAUGAUGCUAGACUUUCGUCUAUCAUUUUGCUAGAGGCUUCUAAUCGCUUAGGUGGAUGGAUACGUAACAGAAGCUCGCCAAGUGGAGCGAUUUUUGAGCAAGGACCAAGAACUGUAAGAGUACUUGGUGGAAAAAAUACUCUCAAUUUGGUAGAAGAUCUGCAAUUGAAUGACAAAUUAAUUCAUAUCGAUCUGUACCAUCCUGUGGCAAAGAAUCGAUUGAUUUACAUGGAUGAGGCAUUGCAUCGUUUACCAAAUUCCUUAAAAGGUAUCUUCAAGACAACCUCGCUACUAGAUCGUCCCUUGAUAAACCGCAUAUGGACGGACUUGAGGGCUCCUAAAGUAUCUAACGAGGACGAGAGUAUUCACAGCUUCGUUCAGAGGAGACUAGGCCAGGAUAUUGCGGAUAAUUUGAUCAGCCCCAUGAUCUGUGGGAUCUGUGCGGGAGACGCACGCGAGAUAAGCGUCAAUUUUCUACUCAAAUCACUGUUUGAGGCGGAACAGAAACAUGGUUCUAUAGUAAAAGGCAUGGUAGCGAAAAAACUAAAAGCUUUUUUCGCAAAAUCGGAGAACAAGGAUAAUGCAGGGAAGGAGGAUAAAGUGAACGAUGAGCCGACAACGAAACCAUCGACCUUGGUGAGGAGAGCAGAAAACGAAAAAUGGGUAGUAUGGGGCUUGCAAGGAGGACUCGAGCAACUGCCUCAGACACUAGCCGAUUAUGUGAAGAGUCGAGGAGUAACGAUACAGACUGAGAAAAAGUGUGAAAAACUUACGUUUAAAUCAGACCGGGUAGAACUAUUAGUCAAUGGCGAUCUUCAGGAAUGUUCGCGCGUUAUCUCCAGUUUAUGCGCGAAGGACUUGGCUGAGCUAUUGCGAGAGCAGCAUCCUAAACUGUCGACGGAAUUGAAAGCGAUACCUACCGUGACAGUCGGAGUAGUCAAUCUUGAAUUCCAGAACAAUGUAUUACCUCUGCAAGCAUUCGGCUUCCUCGUACCGCCGAAAGAAAAUCUGCCUCUACUAGGCGUACUCUUUGACUCCUGCAUAUUCCCUGGAUCUUCCACGGUAAUGACGGUGAUGAUGGGAGGUGCGUGGUUCGAGAAAUAUUUCGGGUCAAACCCUUCGGAGGAACAAUUGUUAACGACGGCGAUUAAUCACAUCAAGAAUAUCUUAGUAAUCGAAGAGGAACCAGUCGCAUACAACGUUGCCAUUCUCAGAGACUGUAUUCCGCAGCACGUCGUGGGUCAUAACGCACGUGUAAAACGUAUCCACGAUUAUAUUUCCGCGCACCAUAUUCCCCUGGCACUGUGCGGUUCUUCUUACGAAGGUGUGGGACUCAAUGAUGUUAUUCUGUCAGCAAAACAGGCCGUUCGUGAUGUUGUAAAAUAAUUGCAGAAUCGAUUGAUUCAUGCAAAAUGGUAAGGUAACUAAUAACGUCACACGUAAAAAAAUAAAUAAAGACUACAUGCAAACGCUGUACAUGCUGAAUCAUACCAAACCAUGCAAAA